AUGGAGAAGCCUUCAGCAGACCAGCCCCGAGAAGCAAAGCCAAAGGCGUCAAGUGGAAUUGAAAGUCUCAUCAGGAUACCUGAAAUCAAGCGACAGGACCUUGGACUCAAGGUUCUGUAUGAGAAUCAAGAUGUAGACGAGAUUGAGGUUGACAUCGUGGCUGUCCACGGUAUCAUGGCCGACCCGAACACGACCUGGACCCACAAGAAAACCAACACCAAUUGGCUUUCUGACCCAUCAAUGCUCCCAGAAUCAUUGAAAGGCCACAGAGCAAGAAUUAUGAGUUUUGGAUAUGAUUCAAGAUGGUUUGGAAAAGACUCUACGAGGCAAUCUCUGCACAACCUUGCAGAGGACUUCUUGUAUCAGUUAAAUCAGACUAGAGAGGCAUGUACUCAGCGUCCAAUGGUCUUGAUUGCCCAUUGUUUUGGCGGACUCAUCGUUCAGAGCGCUUACAAUAAGUCGUGCAUGCAACCUGGAGACUUCCCGGGAGUUUGGCUGUCAAUGAGAGGAAUGGUGUUUCUCGGGACGCCCCACUCUGGUGUCAACGAAGGCUCCUCCAUGUCCAGACAAGGCGAGAUUUAUGCGGCUAUCGCUGCUAGCAAGAUGGAAAUACAAGACAAUGUGUUGCAGUCCAUUAUUCGGGAUAACGAUAUCCUCGAGAGCACCCGCGCCGAAUUCACAAGGAAGGUUAGCACGUCUAAGCCGCCACCAAAGAUCUUCUGUUUCUUUGAGCUCCGGCCAACCAAUUUGGGUGCCAUUGUUGGAGCGCAACUACCAAAGGAGUUUCUAGUUGGCGAGUCGUCGGCAACACUGAGUGGGCAUGAGAGACAGGGACUCGCUGUAGAUCAUUUCUACAUCAACAAGUUUGAAGACAAGUUCGACAACCACUAUCGCAACGUGGCUUACCAACUCCUGAAAAUGGUGAAAGAAGCCAAAAUGCAUUCACAAGAUGCAAUGACUGGGAGUACCCCACCGCCUCCUUCAGAUGGUCGAACGUCUGUGUUGCCUGGCCUCAUUGGAAAGCGUCAGAAUUUCGCUCCACGUCAGAACAUUUUGGAUCGACUUGAGGAAAGACUAUCCAAAAGAGGCAUGGCUGCCUUGUGCGGAGACUCAGGAAGCGGGAAAACCCAUGUUGCAGUGGAGUAUGCCAACCGAUAUUUGCAUCAGGUUGGUAACAACUGCAAUGUCUUCUGGGUCAACGCUGCCAGCCCAGAGGAAUUUGAAGCAUCAUUUAAGAGAAUUGGAGCUAAGCUCCGUGUGUCACCCUUGGGGCUCAGCCAUGAAGCGUAUCUUUCUGCAGUCAAGGAACACUUGAAGCACGAAGAACAGUGGUUGGUGGUUCUGGAUGGUCUCAACGAUGACGAAUCCCUGCAUUCCACCAACUCAAAUCCAGGCCAAGAGCCGAAGCCACUACUCUCUUUCCUGCCGAAACCUUCGGAUAAUCACAGGCUGCUAAUAACCACUACGCAAAGAACUUUGGCCAUUCGACAGAUGAAUUCGAAGGACAAGAACGUUCUAUCAGUCGGUGACCUGGCCCGGGACGACGCUUCGCGCCUUCUUCUUGGAAGGGUCGCCAGCAGCUCUACCAAUGGAAAGCGUAUCGAAGAGAUCAUCAACAUCGUCGGUGAUUCUGCCGGUGCACUGGAGCUUGUGAGACUGUGCAGCAUUGUCACUCAGACACCCGUUUCUUCCCAGCUUCUCGACCUCUUGCGUAAGAAUUGCAAGGGGAGCGAGAAUGGGGAAAGCCCAAAACCGGCCUGGAACCUGCUUUGGAAUUCUCUCAAAUCAAAGAACAGUGAGCUGGCAUAUUGGUUUCACUUCGUCGGGCUUCUGGAUCUCCAGAUGAUACCCAGCAUCUUCUUCUCUAACAACGAGAGGAAGACCUUGCUUGAAGAGCUCACCAGACUGGGCUUGGUGGAGCAUUCCGAUGGACGAAGUUUCUACCGAGUAGCAGCAUUCUUUCGCCAAUGUCUUGAGUCUACGAUCACCGAGAAACACCGGCAGGAUGCAGAGGCUGCAUUGCUGCAGUCCGCGAACACAAAAUUCGUCGACGAUGACCGAAGCCUUCUCCUUCCGGUCGCCUUAGCCGCUUUGAAGUUGAAAGCCACUCGUCUGGACGCCAAGAGAGAACAAGAAAUUUUACGCGAAAAGGUGGAAAGCUACCGACAACAGCGCCAAACCAGCUUGAGCCCGGGCAUUGGGUAUCUGCCUGAUGAUCCUAGAAGGUUGCCCAUAGGCUCUGGCUGGGAUCAACUACGGCUAAGAACCCUCGAAGGCUCAUUAAACCAGCACUCAGGCCUUCCUAACCCUCAUCAGCGUUCUAUCUCUGAAGAUAGUAGUAGGUGGCCGUCGUGGCAGCGUCUGCAGCGGAGAUUGAUGGAUCCAGAAUGGGAGAAGAAGCGUGAAACACUCAGGAAGGACAGUAGCGUCGCUGCUCAAAUCCUGUCUCAAGGUCGCCCACCGAAAGGCUCUGAAGAUGCAACAAGUAUCUACAGACGUGUGAUUGACGGCUACUCCGCUGAACCUGAAGAAUACAUCAAGUUGGCAAGCUUGCAAUACAACUUGGCCAUCGCACAAGGCUCAGAGGGGAUGGUAGAUGAUGCAGCUACUACUUUUCGCCAGGCACUCCAGACCAUCCUUUCUGGGGAUGACCCCAAAAGUCGGAACAUCGAGGCAACAAAGUUGUACUACCGGAUUUACACCGACCUUGCGAGCAUGUACGUCUCCGACGGGCGCUUCUCUGAAGCUGAGGAGACAUUCAUGCACUUUCUUCCAAGUCAGGCCAAAGACCUGGGACAAGAUAGUCAACAGACUCUGAAGACGCGACAUGAGUUUGCUCGCCUACUUCAAGAACGUGGCCAAGGCGAACUUGGCGGCCAGGAACUUGAGAGAAUUCUCAAAGCCAAUGAGCGUGUGCUCGGCAGCAAUCACCGGGACACCCUUACGGUACGAUGCAGCUUUGCGACGCACCUUGCGAAGACUGGAAGACAGGAUGAAGCUGUCAAAAUGUUGUUGUCUGUGUGGAGGGAGCAGGAAAAGGCGUUGGGAAGUUCACACCGUGAGACAGCUGCUACUCGGCAGCUGCUGGACGAGCUUCACCAGUCACAGCCUGUCGUCGCCUGA